AUGUCUCCCUCUCGCUCAACUCUCGCCACCAUCAUCAACAAGACCUCUCUGGAGCUCACUCUCCAGACCGACAGUGUCGACCACGGAAUAUGGUCCCAGAGCCUGAGCCCCCCCUCCAUCAUCGGUCCCGACAGCCAGGGAAAGCUCCAGGCUGAGUCUGCUGGUCUCUGGACUGGUGACGAAGGCUCUGUCUACUACAGCAGCCCUGCUGGUACCUUUUACUUCCAGUUCGACAACCCCUACAGUGGCUCCAACAGCUACGAUCAGAGUGCUCCUGCCGGCUACACCAUCACCCGCUCUGGAGGUGGUGGUGACAAUGCUGCUGUCACCUGGAUUAUCGACUCAUCCAACUAG